UCGACAGUAAGCAUUCUGCGCUCGAAGUGUUCAUGUCGUAUGUUUAAUAUAUAGGUGUGAUAUAACUACGACUAUAUCAUAAUCUAUUAUUUACAAAUUAAAAUCACAUCUCUGACAUCAAAUAAUGGCAAAGUUUUCUUCGUGUGUGUUGUGUAUACGAGUGUCAUUAAGUGAAAAUAAGAAAAUCACGUCAAAAGUGAAGUUAGGCGCUCACCACUUUCAAUUUUGAGGUUAUCUUUCAAUAAUAUUGUUCGCGAUCAAAUUGUCAACUCAGUAGUUUUCAGUUGUCACGUGCAUUUAUAUAAAAUUAAACUGAUUGUUCGUCAAAUAUUUUCAAGCAUCAAUUGAAAGUUUGCCUGUGUGUGUGUAUAUUUAUAUAUGUCAUAUUUUUGCACAAAGCAUUAAAGCGCGCGGGACUAAAGUAAAGUUUACUAUCGUCGGAAGAAGCCGGGACGAUGAAUACUGUUUGAACUUUCGGAGCAAACACUUCUGUCACUAAAGAAUUGUGUUUGAUGACAAAUAUCAAACAGCAAAAAGAAACCGUCACGUAGAGAUAUCAGAGACCGGUUGUACCGCUUUGCUUUACGGGUCCAUUCUUUGGUCGGUGAAUCCGUAUUCUCCGUGUUUCCUUUUAAUAGUUCUUUGCUAGCGUGGGAAGGGCAGAGAGAUUACAAUCUCUUGUCGAUCGGUUUCGACGAUUAGUGGUUAGGAGUUUUGUACCUUUUAAUUCAAGAAAAUGUGAAAAUUCACACAUUGAUUUAUCUUGUUUUGUCUGUUAUUUUUUUUCCCCUCACUCUUUUUUUGCUUUAUUCAAUCGCACUUUUUUUUUGUCCCACAUUUUAUUUUAUAUCAUCAUGAAAAUUAAUAUUAUUUCACUGGGAAUAAUGGCGAGAUUAUAUUUAAUUUGUGCAAUUGUGCUUUUAACAAUAAUCAGUGAGAGUUUGUGCAAUGAUAUUAAAGACUACUGUAAUAUGCAUAGAUUUGAAAAUUUACCAGGAGGUCUCCGAUUUACCAAGGAAGUUGUUACAACGGAGUAUGCAACUGUAGGAUCCUUCAAGGCCAUUCACUGUUGUCUACGAGGUUACAGGAGUAUAGAAUGGUUCAAAGACAACAGAGCAUAUCCCUGGCCAGGUGGUGAAAGCCAUUUCAUCUUAUACCCUGAGAGUGCAAAUCAGACAAUUUAUACUCUUAACGUACGGGCGUCGGAUGCAGGACGUUAUUCUUGUCAGGCAAGAAACGAUACCACCACCUUAGAGGCUGACAUCACUCUUACAAUACUUGGUGAGGAAUCAGGAGGAUACACUGGAAAACCAUUACCCACCUACAGACCAGCUGCACAAUUAGUUUCUCUAGGAGGAACUACGAGACUUUUCUGUGAAGCUUAUCUCGGCAAUGUCGGUCUUCCUGAUGCCAAAAACUCUGUAACUUGGUCCAAAUCGGACAGUAACGUGACCCUGCCAAAUCAUGGACGAGUAUCCCAACACAAAGUUUCACGGGAGGAUGAACACAUAGUUGGCUCGUACCUGGAGAUAGAAGAUAUUAACCUGGAAGACUACGGUGAAUACACAUGCGAAGUUAGUAAUGGAGUUGAUGAUGAGAUCACUUUACCAGCUCACGUCUAUCGACAAGAACCACAAUUCACCCUAGGAUUACCAAACGGGUCAUGGAGGAAAUCCCUUCUCCUUGCGGUUUUGGUACUGAUCCUUCUGUGUUCAGCGGGUGCUUUUUACGCCCGAUGUUGGCUACCCUUGGCUCUUCUCUGCCGAGACAAAUUCGCUACUCUCGAGGAAAACGAUGGAAAGGAGUGCGAUGCAGUAGUGUGCUAUCACGAAAAGGAUUCUAAUCACGUUGUUGGCAUCAUAAUUCCCACUUUAGAGACUAGAUACAGAUAUAAAUGCAGUACACUGGAAAUUUCCUCUUUAACUCAUAAUUGGUCUUUGGAAAUUGGAACACACGCAACAUCAGCGCGAAGAGUGAUUUUGAUCCUGAGUCCAGCAUCAUUGAGCAACAAUUGGUCAGAUUCAAAUGUUGCAUCUGUCUUGAAGCAGUUGUCGAGUCUUACGACAAGAACAAUUGUUGUUACAUUGAAAAAUUUACCAAAUUUAACGACAAUGACAAAAUCUUCGAGACGAAGUUACGAGGAAGGAAUUGUAUUUGAUCGAUUAAAAAUUUUGCAUUGGGAUGAAGGAGGUGAUUUUGGGGCUGGUGGUUAUAAAUUUUGGUAUAAAUUAAGACUCGCCAUGCCGCCAAUUCGACCAUCUGGCUAUGAAUCGGGAUGCCAGUCGGUUGCAAUGAUAGUACAAGCGAAUGGGAAAUCAAGUCAACAAAAAGCACAUUCCCGCGAGAGUCUCGAAGUUCUCGUUUAAGAGGAUCAACGCUAUAUAAUUCCUUCUUCGAACUCAGGGAUUAGAAAUCCCAAGAGCUCAAAAAGCGCUAGUCAAAUAAAGUCUUUGGAAUUUUAGGACAGACACUGGAAAAUAUGUUUAAGGAACAUAUUGGAAAAUUUUUCUCUGACUUAUUAUUAUUCAAGAGUUUUUCAAAAAUAAGAAAAAUUUUUCAUUUUAAAAGAUUGAUUUCAUUGUAAAAAAAAAAAUAUGGAAAUUUUCAAUGAAGAUUGAUCAUUUAAUGGGACAUUUUUUCUGGACUUUGUAUUUAUUUUGAAAAACUGUUGAAAUAAAAGUCGGAGGCUUAAAUAAGAUAUUUUUAUUCAGUUUUAGAAUUAUGAAAGAUAUUUUUUUUCUUGUAUAUAGUUGAAAGUGUCUUAUCGAUAAGGUUGUUAUAGAUUUAAUUGAAAAUCAAAAUUAACGAAAGGAUAUGAAAAUUAUUGUCAGUCAAGACAAAUUAAAUAGAAUUUGAAGAGAAAAAGAAUAAUUUGACUGUAAAAUUUCAUUAAUAUUCGAAAAAAAAUGUAAUUUACAUUUUUUAUUUUAUUAUUUUUGAAAUGGAAUUUAAUUUUCUUUUUUUUUUUUGAAAAUAUCUUUGAUUCUAAGACACUAGAAUCCCAAAGACAUUUGUUUCGCGCAUUCCGUCAAGGUUGCACAUUGUAGGUUUUUUUUUCUCAUAAUAGAAAUCCUGUAAAAAGAUAUGUUGAAAUAAAGAAAAAUGGGAAUAGUCUUUGUGAACAGAUUUUUAUUCCCAUUUUGAUAUUCCGCCGUUUUGGAAAAAAAAUUUCCUUCGCAAGAAUUUUUGCGUAUAGUGAAAUGUGGUGGUUUUGUACAGAAUUGAAAUAUAAAGCGAGAAGGAACGUCCCUUUGACGUUCGUUAGAAAUUCGAAUUCGUCGUUGCUCAGGUGGAAAUAUUUCUCUCUUCCUAAGGAAAAAUCUAGUCAAAAAAAAAAAAACGAUCUUUAUUUUCUCAUAGCAUUGGACUGUGAUUGACGAUAAAAUAAAUCUCACUCUUUUUGCCACCAGCUUUUUCCUGCGGAACAGAACUUAGAAAUUCUCGAUCCAGAUGUGACUGUCGGUUUUAGAAUAAUAGAAGAUAUCUUGAAUUUCUUACGAUUUUCUUCUUCUACUUUUUCUUUUAUUUUUUGUACUGCGGACAAACACUGCCAAAACUUCUUGGACGAGAGAACAUGUGUUUAAUAACUGAAUAAUGUACUUUACAGCCAAACACACCUGGACAAUGAACGAUUGAAUAAAAUAUUACGAGUCUUCCUUCUCGUACACAAAUAUCUUUUUUUUUCGACGAAAAAAGUCGAAAACAAUGUUUUGUUUAUAUAGGAAUCUUUUCCAUAAAAAAAAAAAAAAAAAAAAAAAUUUGUACAUAUUUUUGAUAGUCGAGCACAAAGGUGCCAUUAUUUAUUUAAUAUUUAGUUAGAGCUCUUAUUUAUGUUGCAAAUUAUGAAAAAUGAAAAGAAAGUUGAUAUUAAAUUGUAUAAAUAUCAUCAAUGUUAUAUUUUGUUUAUUUCAUGUGGAAUUGUAACAAUGAUUUUUAUAAUUCGACUCGACAAAUUGUUGAUAUUUUUUAAAAAAAUUUUUUGAAAAGAAAUUUUCAAUUUGUUAUUGUUUUUUUCAUUUAUUUUUUUUUCUUCUUUUAAUUACAUUUAAUUCGCAAUUAACAAAUGAUGCGUCUGUGUUCAAGUCGCAACUUAAAUAUUGUACUGUAAUAAAUGUAAUAGUCUUAUAUUAUAAUAAUCACACAGCGUAUAGUCGUAUAAAUUAUAUUCAUAGAUGAUAUGUAUGUAUAAUGUACAUGUAUAAUAAUAAGUUUAGUUAAUUAUAAGCGAUAUUAAAGCAGUGAGCUUAAGUUUAAUGAUACGGUAAUCUCUUUACUGUCAGUAUUACGAUACUUGUAGUAUACUUGUCUCGCGACCUCCUGUUCGUUAAAAUUUCUAACGAGCAACCAUUGCGAGCUAAGUAAGCAGAGUAUAGUUUAGCUGUUUUCUUUUCUUCUUUUUUUUAUAUAUAUGUAAUCUAUUUAAAACUUUCCUCCAUUUUUGUUUUUCUACAGAAAAAAAAUACAUAUCUUAAUGCAAAUUUUUUGCAAAAAUAUACAAAUUUUUUAUGUAUGCGAAUUUUUUAUGUACACUGAAAAAUACAUGCGUAAAAUUUUUCACGGAUCAAAAAAUUAAUUAUGUCUGACUGCAUAUUUAUUGGAAAUAAACUAUUUCUUAUAUUUAA